AUGACGUCCCCUCUACCGGUCAGUACACCCGCUGUGACCGAUGAGGUCGCUGUCACUACUGCGGCUCCUGUGACUGGCGAGGUGACUAUCACCACGGCCGCUGGGGAAGCUCCGGGAAGGGACAAGGAUGAUUCUGAUGCUACCACCCCGGUCGCUACUGAGACUGCGACUGCCACUAGGAUCGAUGCUCCUGUUGAGCCUACUACUACUAUCACGACCCCUCAACCGGCCAGCACAGCUGCUGUGACCGAUGAGGUUGUUCCUACUACUGCAGCCCCUGUGACUGACGAGGUCACCAUCACGACGGCAGCUGGGGAAGCUCCGGGAAGAGACAAGGAUGAUUCUGAUGCUACCACCCCGGUCGCUACCGAGACUGCGGCUGGCACUACUACGAUCGAUGCUCCUGUUGAGCCUACUACUAUCAUGACGCCCCCUCAACCGGUCAGUACGCCCGCUGAGACCGAUGAGGUGGCUGUCACUACUGCAGCCCCUGUGACUGGCGAAGUGACCAUCAGCACGGCAGCUGGGGAGGCUCCCGGUAGAGACAAGGAUGACUCUGAUGCUACCACCCCGGUCGCUACGGAGGCUGCAACUGUCACGACUACGAUCGGUGCUCCUGUUGAGCCUACUACUAUCACGUCCCCUUUCCCG